AUGGCUCCCUCUGCCAUCGCCACCCUCGAGCGUCCCGCCGACGCCGCCGCACCCGUCGGCAACUUUGCCGGCUACGACCACGUCACCUGGUGGGUAGGCAACGCCAAGCAGGCGGCGUCGUACUACACGACGCUCUUUGGCUUCCACGUCGAGGCGUACCGGGGCCUGGAGACGGGCUCGCGCUACUUUGCGUCGUACGUCGUGUCCAACAACGCGGUGCGGUUCGUCUUCACCUCGCCGCUGCGGUCGGCGGCGCACCUGCCGGCGGACGAGCCCAUCUCGGGCGAGGAGCGGCGGCUGCUGGCCGAGGUGUACGCGCACCUGGAGCGGCACGGCGACGCCGUCAAGGACGUCGCGUUUGAGGUGGACAAUGUGGCGGCCGUGUACGACAACGCGGUGCGCGGCGGGGCCGAGGCCGUGCAGCCGCCGCGCACCGUCAAGGGCGGCGAGGACGACAGCGGCUCCGUCACCACGGCCGUCAUCCGCACGUACGGCGACACGACGCACACGCUCAUCAGCCGCGCGGGCUACACGGGCGUCUUCAUGCCGGGCUUCCGCGCGGGCAAGCCGGCGACGAGCAGCGUGCGCCUGCCCGAGGUGCCGCUGGCGCGCAUCGACCACUGCGUCGGCAACCAGGACUGGAACGAGAUGAACGCGGCCUGCCGCUUCUACGAAGCGGCCCUGUCCUUUCACCGCUUCUGGUCCGUCGACGACAACCAGAUCAGCACCGAGUUCUCGGCGCUGUCGUCGAUUGUCAUGGCCUCGCCCAACAACGUCGUCAAGAUGCCCAUCAACGAGCCCGCCCCGGGCAAGAAGAAGUCGCAGAUUGAAGAGUACGUCGUCUUCAACGCCGGCGCCGGCGUCCAGCACAUUGCCCUCCUCACGCCCGACAUCAUCGCCUCCGUCACCGCCCUGCGCGCCCGCGGCGUCGACUUCAUCAACGUGCCCCAGAGCUACUACGACACCAUGCGCCACCGCCUCAAGACCGAGCGCCGCAGCUGGGAGCUCGUCGAGGACCUCGACACCAUCCAGCGCCUCAACAUCCUCAUCGACUACGACGAGGGCGGCUACCUGCUCCAGCUCUUCACCAAACCCCUCAUGGACCGCCCCACCGUCUUCAUCGAGAUCAUCCAGCGCAACGACUUUGACGGCUUCGGCGCCGGCAACUUCAAGAGCCUCUUCGAGGCUAUUGAGCGCGAGCAGGCCGAGCGCGGCAACCUGUAG